CAAGCUCCCGCCAGAACAUGACUCAAGGGAGGCCGUCGCAUGUUUCUCCAUUCAUGGAUAGAGCUAUUCGGCCACGGCUAUAGUAAGCAGCACGCUGCUGCUGUGGUUGCCUGCCCGUCGUCAUCGUAGAUACAACAACACACCUCACCAUCGUCGUCAACACUACUGCUCUCUUUCGGCUCAGCUCUUUGAAGCAUCGGUCGUCACCAGUUUGCUUUUGAAUGCCGUACGACGUGGAUCGUCGUACUUGUUCGCCGUCGUUGCCUACCCCGGUCGUCAUUGUAGGUCGGUCGCCGUUCGUUGUCAUUUUUAUUGUUUGUCGGGUGUUCGUCUCGCCGCUAGUCCAAACUUUCGCGAGGCCACCACCAUCUGAACCAUUGUUGAGUCAUUGUUUGAAUCUUAAUCAUCAGAUUGGAGGAUCGCGCGACGCGCUUCGGGUACUCUUUCCGACGGCGCGUUUUCGCUUACAAAGUUGAUUAUUAUUUUGUGGGACAAUCUAGUGUUGUGUUGAAAGACGAUCGCGCUCUGUACAGCUUUGGCCUUACGAACUUGAUUGGAGGACUCCAGCUGUGUGAAAUUGAGUCGGGCGCGACAUGCGUGCCGUGCACGCGUGAAUCAACGAAAACCAGGAGAAAGAAGACGGAAAAGAAGUGAUCCAAAACUGUGUUACUGGGGGAAGUGCAUACAAUACAGAAAUACUAGUCAUAGGUUCAAGACCGUUCGUAGCCCCUCCGCCCCCCCUUGUCGGGGUGGCAACAUGCACCCGUUGAGGUGCGAAACGGUGAAAUCAUAGUGGAGAAACAACAUGAAGGAAAAACAACAGCUCAAGUGUAAGCGAAUUUUAAAUGCCUACCCAUCGCCUUCAACAGCAACAGCAGCGGCAGCAGCAGUACAAGGAUUCGCAUUCGCCCGCCGACGCUUCUAAUGGAAGGGUGCUGCUUGGUGCCACCAGCGCGUUCCGUACCACCGUUCGAGCAUUGGCUGUGGGUCCCACCGAUCAAAUCCAGGCCACCAACAACCGCGUAACCACGUUUGGUGUGGUAGACGACCGCCGAUAGAGCGCCUCGGUCACGAAACCGGCGCGCGCGAAACCGGAAGCUGAAAGUGCAUUUUGUGGUAGUUCGCGCCCGAAGUUCUGUGGGAAUUUUUGUUCUGUGUUUGUGUAAGUGGUUUAAAGUGAAAUUGGGGAAAAGAAUUCUACCGAUUCGAGGUCGGAAACUUGUGCUGAAGAAAAACUACCAAUAGUGGGAAAAAUGAAGAGAAAAAAAUUGUUCGUUGCCAAAGUGCAUUGUGUUCCGUGUGGGCGACAAUGCACCUCCAUCAACUACUAGUGCAAGAAACGACAUCAAAAUAAGUAUAAGGUCUAGAUCAUCGCCUGAUCGGAUGUGUAUCGUCGAACCGAAAGUGUGAAAAAUAGUAAUUUAAGUGAAAUCGCAUGACAACUGCCAAUAACUUGGCUGUAGCAGUUCCAACGAUACCAAUUUUUACCGUCGAUUGUUAGUACCACUAACCAACGUGCGUGACAAGUUUCUCCACCGAGAAAAAAGGGAAAUUCCCGAGAAAAAGUGUCUUUGCAAGUGUCCUUAGUGCUGUGUCGGUAUCGGAAGAGUCAUUGAAAUUAUCCUAUUGAGCGGUGGCAUUUCAAGGGAAAUCGUAAUAAGUUACUCCCUCACAUAGUCUAUCCGUAGUCAUCUAGUUGAAGUGUUAGUUGUUUAUCUGUUAGUGCUGACGAAGUGUAAUUUAAAAGUAAGCGAAUUGGGGCCAAAUAUUUCACCACCAAAAAGAAGUACUUAGCAUUAAAGAGCACAACCACACAUGAUCACACCAACCGUAAGGGCAGCGUAUUCGAGGAUGUGAAAUUGCCAUCCCAGAAGAAACAACCGAUUAAUCAAAGUGCCAAGUAAAGUGUCCCGACGACGAUAUAGUGGAGCUAUUUAUUAGUUUUAAAAAGGUGAUAGGAGCAACGACGUGUGUGCGUGUGUGACUACUAUCCCAGAGCAGCGCGGGCACGCUGCCGAAGGAUUUACGAGCCAAUAUGGGCAAACCCAACCAGACAGCAGUGGAUAAACAACAAAAUGAACGUAGAAUACGAGCGAACGAUAGAGAAUACAACACACAAUUCAAAUAUGCGAAUAACUACAUCAAAACGUCCAAGUACAGCAUUUUAACGUUUCUGCCUUUGAACCUGCUGGAGCAGUUCCAACGUCUUGCCAAUUUUUAUUUCCUGUGCCUCCUGAUACUGCAGUUGAUACCGGCGAUCUCCUCGCUGACACCGGUCACCACGGCGAUCCCGUUGAUCGGGGUCCUGAUGCUGACGGCCAUCAAGGAUGCGUACGAUGAUUUUCAACGUCACAUGUCCGACUCGCAGGUUAACAACCGCCGCUCCAAAGCCCUUCGCCACGGGAAGCUCGUGGACGAACGGUGGUCCGGCGUCCAGGUGGGCGACAUCAUCCGCAUGGACAACGACCAGUUUGUGGCGGCGGACAUUCUGCUGCUGUCGUCCAGCGAACCGAACGGGCUGUGCUUCAUUGAAACGGCCGAGCUGGACGGCGAGACGAAUCUCAAGUGCAAGCAGUGCCUGGUGGAGACGGCCGUCAUGGGCGACCAGGAGGACCUGCUGUGGAAGUUCAACGGGGAGAUUGUGUGCGAACCACCGAACAAUCUGCUGAACAAGUUCGAGGGAACCCUGGCGUGGAAGAACCAACGCUACGCGCUGGACAACGACAAGAUCCUGCUGCGGGGUUGCAUCAUCCGGAAUACCCAGUGGUGCUACGGCGUGGUGAUCUUCGCCGGCAAAGACACCAAGCUGAUGCAGAACUCGGGGAAAACCAAGUUCAAGCGGACUACCAUUGAUAGGCUAUUAAAUUUUAUAAUUAUAGGGAUAGUAUUUUUUCUUUUAUCCAUCUGCGGAUUCUGUACGAUAGCGUCCGCAAUAUGGGAAGCGAUAGUAGGCUAUAAAUUUACCAUUUAUCUGCCAUGGGAAAACAUAAUUCCAAAGGAUUAUCUACAGGGUGCUACCAUCAUUGGAUGUCUAGUCUUUUUUUCCUACGCAAUUGUACUGAAUACAGUGGUGCCAAUUUCGUUAUAUGUUUCAGUAGAGGUAAUACGGUUCGCGCAAUCCUUUCUAAUCAACUGGGACGAGAAGAUGUACUACGACAAAACGAAAACACAUGCCAAAGCCCGGACGACGACCCUGAAUGAGGAGUUGGGUCAAAUCCAGUACAUCUUCUCGGACAAGACGGGCACACUAACGCAAAACAUCAUGACAUUCAACAAGUGUAGCAUAGCAGGUCGGGCGUACGGCGAUGUGAUCGAUCUGAGGACCGGUGAGGCUGUCGAGGUGUCCGAGCCAACAUUCAACAGCAACACAUCGCUUUUACUAAACGCUGAAGAGCCACCAGGUCGUAGCACACCACAGCCGAGCUCAGUAUUAACCAUGGACAGCACCAUCACGACGACCGCGUCUAGUAAUACCGUUCCGACCGCUAGCACGACCAGUUCGACGACGCUUAAGGCCGGAAAAUACGACUACCAAAUACUGCUCCAACAGGAGCAACCCACCCCGCCACAAUCAGUCAGUCCCGCCACUCGAAACACUAGCAAUCUAGCCACCAACAGUAGUAGAAGCACCGGCAGGCAACCUAGCUCCCUGCACGUUAGAUUCAGUCCGCACAGUAGUAGUCACGAGACAAGAACGAUAACCACGCCCAUUCCCGCGAAACCGCCCGAUUACUACACGGCUACGGGAGGGGCGGCGCCAACCACGCUUACAACAACGACCUACGGGCCCCAAAAGGCCGACCUUACCGCGAUGCUAGAUAAUGCCACAACGACCUCCACAACGACGACGAUCUCGACGACCACUGAGCCGCCUAGUGGGAGUAAUACACAAGGAGUGCAUGUCACCGAACCCGUGGAUUUUUCCUUCAAUCCGGAGUACGAACCGGACUUCCGGUGGUACGACCAGGGUCUGCUGGAUGCGGUGCGAGCGGAUGAGGAGCAUGCCCACAACUUUUUUCGUCUGCUGGCACUGUGCCACACGGUGAUGCCGGAGGAGAAGAAUGGGAGAUUAGAGUAUCAAGCACAAAGUCCUGACGAGGCUGCCCUCGUUUCGGCGGCCAGGAAUUUCGGAUUCGUUUUCCGAUCCAGAGCACCUAAUAGUAUAACAAUCGAAGUGAUGGGAAGGAUGGAGGAGUACCAACUGUUGAGUAUUUUAGAUUUUAAUAAUGUUAGGAAACGAAUGUCGGUGAUAUUGCAGCGAAACGAUACUAUAAUACUGUACUGUAAAGGGGCCGACAGUGUGAUAUAUGAUAGGUUAGGAAGCAAUCAACAGGACCUGAAGUCUAGGACCCAGGAGCAUUUGAACAAAUUUGCCGGCGAGGGCCUGCGGACAUUAGUGCUAGCCGAGCGGCGGCUAACCAAGGAGUUCUUCGACUCCUGGCUGCUGCGGCAACGAGAAGCCGCCCUGUCGCUCGACGGUAGAGAAGAUAAGUUAGGUGUAAUCUACGAUGAAAUCGAAUGUGAUAUGCAACUGGUCGGUGUAACCGCCAUAGAGGAUAAGCUUCAGGAUGGGGUACCGCAGACGAUCGCCAACCUGCAGAUGGCUGGCAUCAAAAUUUGGGUACUGACGGGGGAUAAGCAAGAAACGGCAAUCAACAUUGGUUACUCCUGCCAACUACUAACGGACGACAUGGUGGACGUAUUCAUCAUCGACGGGCUGACAAAGGCCGAAGUAGAGCAGCAGCUGCGAAAGUACAUGGAAUCAUUACGCAUUGUAAAUACCUAUCAUCCUACAACCUUGCCGAAAAAUACGCUUAACCAAAACAGUGGUGGUGGUGGUCUGACGACGGGGCCCACAGCCAACGGAGGCAACAGUGGGAGUUCCGGACCGAUGAUCGAAAUCCAGAACUCGUCACCACCGUCGGUGUCGGUGGUGACCUUUAGGUGGGAUAAUAGGCAUAAAUAUACAAGUAUAGGAGGAAGCGAGGAAGCGUCGGACAGUGUAAAUUGUAGUAACUAUACCGACGGACUGACGGGCAAGACGGACACCUCGAUGUCCGAUCUGGACGAAGGUGCCGGCGUGGCGCUCGUCAUCAACGGGCACUCGCUGGUGCACUGUUUGCAGCCCGAUAUGGAGUCCAAGUUCCUAGAGAUUGCCUCGCACUGUCGGGCGGUGAUCUGCUGCCGGGUGACGCCGCUGCAGAAGGCCAUGGUGGUGGAGCUGAUCAAGCGGUCCAAGAACGCCGUGACGCUGGCCAUCGGCGAUGGCGCCAACGAUGUUUCCAUGAUCAAGGCGGCCCACAUCGGUGUUGGCAUUUCGGGGCAGGAAGGUAUGCAGGCCGUGCUGGCCAGCGAUUAUUCGAUAGCUCAGUUCAAAUUUCUCGAAAGACUGCUACUGGUACAUGGACGGUGGUCCUACUAUCGGAUGUGUAAAUUUCUGCGCUAUUUUUUCUACAAAAACUUUGCAUUCACGUUGUGCCAUUUUUGGUAUGCAUUUUUCUGUGGCUUCAGUGCUCAAACGGUGUUCGAUCCCAUGUUUAUAUCCGUGUACAAUCUGUUUUAUACAUCGUUGCCAGUGCUAGCGUUAGGUAUUUUUGAGCAGGACGUUUCAGACAAGAACAGCGUCGAGUAUCCGAAGUUGUACACUCCCGGAAUCACCAAUGCCUUAUUUAACACGACCGAGUUCAUCCGGAGUGUACUGCACGGGAUCUUCAGCUCGUUGAUACUGUUUCUGAUUCCGUAUGGUACCUACAAGGACGGAAUCUCCCCUGAUGGAUAUGUACUUAACGAUCAUAUGCUGCUGGGGUCCGUGGUAGCCACGAUCCUGAUUCUGGAUAAUACUGCCCAAAUUGCCUUGGACACUUCCUAUUGGACUGUGUUCAACCACAUCAUGAUCUGGGGAAGUCUGCUGUGGUACUUUUUCCUAGACUACUUCUACAACUACGUCAUCGGUGGACCGUACGUCGGAUCGCUAACGCAAGCCAUGAAAGAAGCUACCUUCUGGUUCACAACGGUGCUAACUGUGAUUGUUCUCAUGGUACCGGUCUUGGCCUCUAGGUUCUACUUUGUCGAUGUGUUCCCUAGUCUGUCGGAUAAGAUUCGUGUGAAGCAGCGAUUAGCUCAACUAAGAUCGAGGCAAAGCAGUGACGUUCUGCGGACACCUUCAGCCCGAAGAGCAAGACGAUCAUUGCGAUCGGGUUACGCUUUUGCCCAUCAGGAAGGAUUCGGUCGGCUCAUCACAUCCGGCAAGAUCAUGCGCAAACUGCCGCAGGACUUUGCUUUCCCGCUGGGGCUAGGUAGCAAGAAGCAACAACAGGCGAGCAUGAUCGCCGCCGAUGGUGGUACGCCCGGAAAGAACGGCAACAACCUGAUCGGCAGCAACAACAACAACAACGGUAACGGAAACAACGGUACCGGCAACAAUAACAACAACAACAUCAAUACCAACAAUGCCAACAAUAUGAACGCGAGCGACAACGGGACGCUCAACGGAAGCCAGAUCACCAAUCUGCCCGGCAGUUCGAACAGUGGCCACAGUCCGCGGGCACCCUGCCAGGACCUGGACACGAUCAAUCUGUGAGGGAGUUUUAGUUUUUAGCCGAAUGACAAGAAGUAAAGUUACCUGCUGCGCUUAUGUUAAGGGGAGAAUUGCGAUUUUAACGGAACGAGGAAAAUUGACGAAUUUUUGGAAUGAGAAAUUACGAAUUAAAUUAUUAGUUUAUUUUGGGAGAAACAAAUUGAAUUUAUUCCAGACUUCCAGGUGCUGCACGUGGAGAUCUAUCGAAAUUGUACGGUUCAUAGCGAAGAAUGUUUGAUGGGGAUCGGUGAGUCGUAGAGUCAGUCAUUUUAUCUUUUUGGUAUUCGAUGCAACGCUAAUCUUGGCAAGUAAAAGAUCUCUAAAACCUAGACUUUACAAAUACUGGCGUGAGAGAAAAAUUGAUAAACUGGAGUGGAAAAAGUUACUCAUCCUCUCGGUGAGACUCACGACCAGUCUUCUCGUAGUGUAGUGGUAACGCCUAGUGAGUAGGAACCGUGCGUUCGAGUCUUACCGAGAGGACAAGUAACUCUUUUACAAUGCCACUCCAAUUUGUCUAUUUCUUACUAACGCCAAUAAUUGUCAAGUCUAGCUUUUGGAGUUAAGGCGAAACUGGAAGCAUUUCCUCACUUUUUGGUUUUUGAUUUUUUAUUAAAUAACGAAGCAAUAUUUUCAAAAUCGGUUUUCGUGCACAUUUAGAGUAUGGAUCAAGAUAUCUUCUGAAUUUUUUUUGUAGUGGAAAAUGUUUUUCGUUUUUGCAGAAACCAUUUUUGAACAAAAUUUCACAAAAAAAUGGUUUCUGCAAAAAUGGAAAACAUUUUGCAUCUCAAAAAAAUUCAGAAAAUACCUUGAUCCAUACUCUACAUGUGCACGAAAACCGAUUUUAAAAAUAUUGCUUCGUUAUUUAAUAAAAAUGAGAAAAUGCUUCCAGUUUCGCCUUAAGUAGAACUUCCUCUCGGCUGGUUAAACUGCAAACAUCGAUAAUUAAUUCGUUAAUUAAGUAAAAGAUGUUUGGAAAAAAUAUGCUUUUUUAAUUAGCACUGCGUGUCUAAAUUGUACCAUGGAUGAGUGUUUUAUUUGAGUAACGAAUUAUAAGGAAAUUAUUUUGAAAGGUAGAAAACUGUAAUGAUAAAAGUCAGUGAAAGAUGCUGCUGGCAGUGCAUUUAACUGACCUCCAUUGCACUAGUUAUCAACUCUUCAUAUAAACACGGUGGAGAUACUACAUAUUAUAGCGUUUUGUCAUUUUUAUGUAUUAGUCGAUCUACAUCAAGCUUUGUAACCAUUUUUGAAACAUUCACUUGUGAAAUCAAACACUAUCACAUCACUCAUAACGAAAUAUUUUGCUAAGGAUAAGAGAAUCAUGAAAGGGUUACACUUUCUGGUGUUUGCAUCAAAUUCGUUUUGUUGUUUAUCGCUAUGAUUAAUGAAAUAUUCAGUGUGAAUACACAAUUACCAAAAGAACCAAGAAGGAAUCUGGAUAGCUCUGCUUAAAGAAUUAAAGGGGUGUUCCUAGGUCAAGCAGAUAUUUCCGGUAAGCCGACAAUUCCGUUAAAUUGCGGAUAAAUCUGGAAGUUAAUCUAUCCAGAAAUUCCUCCACAUGGAUCGCGUCAGAAAUUCCGUCAGAAUUUUAUUCUGGAACAUUUGAAAAAUACCUUCCAGGAUUUCUGACAUGAUUCCUUCCGUAUUUUCAUGGUUUUUCCUUAGUAUUUCGUCCUGAAUCCCUCCCAGUGGUACUUCCGGAUUCCUUCCUUCAUUUUCCAACAUUCUUUCCUAGUUUUCUCUUUGGGAAUCUUCCACAAUUCUCGAUUUCUAACCGAUUUCUGUUAAGGCUUUUACGGGGAUCUGGCAUUUUUUUCGGUAUUGCUCGCAGAGUCCGCCACGGAAUUUCCUGCAGUUCCUCCUAUAUUCUACUCGAAUAUAUUCUCACUGAAUUUCUCCCAGAAUUUAUCCAGGUAGCUCUACAUAAGUUCACCCAGAAUUUUUCUCAAAUGUUGUCGUUAAAUUCCUUCCAAGAGUUUCUCUAGUGAUUCCCCUUGAAUACUUUCUGCGAUUCUGCUCGGUGUUUCUCUCGGAAUUUCCCCAGGAGUAGUUCCAGAGAUUUUCGGCAGGAGAUUCUUCCUGGAUUUCUUCCACAGGGUUUUCAUGUAUUCCUCCCAGAGUCCCUCGCUGGAAUUUCCUGUUCUUCCUGUAAUUUCUCUAAGAAAUCGUAAGCUUUCUUCUAGAAUUUCAACCGGGAUUUUACAGCUGGGAUAUUUCUUAAAGAUUCUCUUGAGGUUUUACUGAGAUCCCGGGACUUCUUUCAGAAUAUUACUUCCGGUGUAGCUCCCGGAAUGUUUCGCAGGGUUAUUCUGUGAAGUAACCGGACAUCGGGACUGCAGGAAAAGCGGGAAACGUCCUUAGAGAACUACAUAAAUCUUAAUAAUAUAUUCUAUACCGCCUGCCAGUGUUGGUAAAAUCACACUCAAAGCACACUCAUGAACCGCUCCUGCGUGAGCAAACUCGCGCGCGAUUCUGAAUCAUUUUUUCACGCGCGAGAUUUUCAUGCAAAAUCUCGCUCUCACGAAUCAAGCGUCGAGAUCUCGUUCGCUUGUAAAACGAACCCAAAUUAAUUUGAACGGCAUCCAAUGUUGUUGUACUAUAGGUUUGCUAUUGUUCUGUCAUAUAAUCCUAAAAACAUCGAAGUAAGUAAUAAGAAUACCAAGAAAUAAAGCAAUGAGUAAAAUCGCGAGUCAUUUCAUGCAUGAUUUUUUCGGCGGUGAGUUUGGCGAGUCAAGAAUCGCGCGUGAAACCACUCAAGCAUGAGAUUUGAGAAUUUGAGUUUCUGCCAACACUGCCGCCUGCAGUAGAGGUUUUACCUAGGAUUUUACUCUCUGCUGAGAGAAUCUCUUCAUGAGAUUUUACCUUAACAUGACACCACAUUCUGGAUUUACUUUGAACUCUCUCACAAGAUUUUUUCAGGAGUUCCUUCCGGAUUUCCUUUUAGGAUUUAUACAAGAGCUAUUGCUGAUAUUUCUCAUGGAGUUCCUUGCACGAUUUCUUUUGAAGGCUUUUUCUCGCAGUUGUUCCCAGGAUUUCUUGCAGUGAUUCUCCUGAUUUUUUUAGGUUUUCACGGGAUUGUCUAGAGAUCUUUCCGGAAUCUCCAACGGCUAAGAUUUUGUCGAUCAUCUGACGAGAGUUUGACUCAUAUGACUAUAACUUAUUUUAGAAACCUAAUCCCUUACAAUUAUCACCAAGAGCACCACGUUGUAGUUCUUAUAUUUACAGAGUUGAAGUUAUAGUAUCACCUAGUCAUGCUAAAAGAACGGAAUUUUCAAUAGAGUUAAUAAACUAUAGAGGACAAAUGUAGUGUAGAAUUAGCAUUUAAAUAAAAAUUAAAAAAAAAUAGAGGACAAAUGACGCUGGUGUUCCCUUUGUUCUCCCUCGAAAACAUGCCGGGUAUCUAUCUGUCAAAUUGCAUGCGUUUUCGCUUUGACACUUACAUUCCUGUCUAUCUCCGCCAGCAAGAAAUGUGACGGCGACGUCAGUGACAUUCUUCCUCUAUAGAUUAUUACAUAACCCUAUUGAUUUUUCGAUCGUUUCAAAUGACUAGGAGAUACUAUCCGGAAAUUUUAAAAAUCUUCACCUCCUACUUGGCAAUUGUAGAAAAAAAACGAACAAUGUACACAAUGUACAAGUUUGCUGAGUAUCUUAAUAUUCUAAAAUGAGAUAUAAUCAAACUCUUGCCAGAUGUUCGAAAACGUUCUUGUUUACAGGAAACAACCUACAAAAUUCCCAAACAAGUAUGGCAAGAAACUCAAUCCAUCCAUCAAGAGUUCACUCUUGCUAGAAACUCCGGGCAAGUCUACUGGAGAAAUUUUGAGAGGAACUUCAGGAAAAAUUCUUAGAAAAAUUUGGAUGCGUAGGAAAAAAAUAUGUGGUAGAGAAUCGCGCCACUUGGGCGGAGGCUCCAUAUUCGUCUGUUUCCCACUAUAACUCAGUCAAAUUUGAACCAAUUGACACAACUUUUGGAAUAUGGUGAGAUAGGUAUAGUAUCUACCCGUGUAUAACAUUUCAAGUCAAUUGGUUCAACAUUGACUGAGUUAUAGUGGAAAACAGACGAAUAUAGAAGCCACCGCCCAAGUGGCGCGACACCCUAGUAAUUCCGGGAGGCAACAUCAGAGAAAUUCUAGGAGAAAAUCUGAAAACAACUUAAAGAAAUCGUGGGAGGAGUUACGGGAGAAAUUCCGCUAGGACCUUUAAGAGAAAUCCUGGUAAACCCUCUGAAAGAAUUUCUGUAGAAAUCUCGUUUAAAACAUAGGAUAAACUGGUGGUAAACGCCACCCCGGAAAAUUACUACAGUAGAUUUAUGGAGAAACUUUGGAUGAGUUUUGGAAGGAAUCCAGCAAGAUUCUGGAAUGUUAUCAGAAAAAGUUUUGGAAUAAAUAUCGGGAGUUACUACUGCAGAUACUUCAUGGAAAACUCUAGCAGAAAUAGUUGAAGAAACUGUACAAGAAAUCCCAAGAACAACUAACAGCAAUCCCAGAAGGGACACCGGAAAACUUCUGAGAUCAAAUGCGGAAAAAAAUCUUUGAAAUCUUGAGGGAAACUUCUGGAGAAAUCUCGAAAAUAAAACUUAGGUAAACCCUGUAAAAGCAAGAAGGGCUCUCGGAAGGAAUUCAGGGAAAAAUAUUGAAUAGGAUUAUCAAUUAUCUUUGAAAAACGUUUAAUAAAUUAAAAUUCUUUCUUAAGCAAUGUUGUGGACCCUGUUCCACUCUACAAUUCGUUCUUUGACAUCGAACUUCUAUCUCUUAUCGUUUUCUUGCAAUUUUGAUUUAAACAUCACAUUUCAGAUAAAUUUGCAACUGUCAAGGUAAGCACUUUUUUGCGCACUGUGCCGAACAUUUAAAUCGAACAUAAGAGCUAAAAGUUUGGUGUUAAAGAACGAAUUGUAGAGUGGAACAGGGGCCUCAUCUUUGCAUAAGAAGAAUUUUAAUUUAUUACGCAUUUUUCAAAGAUAAUUGACAAAAACAAAUUAAAACACACUACUUUUGAGCUGUUUGCUCUAGAAAACUUAGUUAUUUAACUAAACUAAUCGAUGCCAUUUGAUAGACAAUUCAAUAAUCUUUUGAAUAAGGGUAAAAAACUGCGAUAAGUUUGACCAUUUUAAAGUUAUAGCCAGUUAAGGUAAUAAUAAUCAAAAACAUGUAAACUUCAAUAACUACGUAACGGUUGAGAUUUUACCAUAUGCGUAGAACUUUAUUUUUCACCAUUUAUGGUCCUCUUGCACCCUUUUAAAAGUUUGCACUCACGAACCUAACACCCUGUAUAAAUCCAUUAUCACCAUUCAGUUUACUAUCGACUCAAUAUCAUAUUUAUGCAACUUUCUGAAGUACUGUUUCUACACCGAGUCCCGUCAAACAUUCUUCCAGAACUGUUUGUAUGUAAUAGUGGGAUUCACGCUCCGCAAAAAAAAGAAAGCGUGUAGUUCAAAAAGUAGGGCCCCCACAAAGCCCUAGUAAAACCAAAAUUAUACCACUGUUGUCAUGUCAUAUCGUUUCAUUAAAUGAACACAGAAAACAAAAGUAUUUAAAUAUUAUCGAACCGAAAACAAAUGGUUUAUCAUUUUAAUAUACCAACAAAAUAAAUGCGAAGCGAUUUAUCAGAUCAGAGAGAUGUAUAUUCGGGUGUGUGUGCGUGUGUUAAUUCCGAAAGCGAGUGUGAAUGGCAUGGGUGGGAAAAGACCAAGGAACAAAGCGAAAACAAUACUGAUCGUUUACUAGCACGUAAGGAAACUUUGCCUUUAUCAUUCGAGUCUCUCUGACUAAACAAUUUAAAGAAAAUUUAGCAAAACAACAGAUCAAAUAGAAAAGAAGAAUAUAAAUAAGAAAGUCAGUAUCUCAGCUACUCAACCUAAGUGACAUAUAAACCGAACAGAUGAAAGACACAUAAAAAGGUUACAAUAAUAGGCUAUAAACAACGUUUAGAUUUCAUACAUCGCUGGCGGUCCCAUCAUCUCGUAUAACAGCAGCCAGCACAGCACCAUCGAAAACUAUCGGAUGGAAAUCACUUUCGCUGACGCAUUGUUCAUUCAGAUCAGAAAAUAGCUUUUACCAUCAUUUGAGAUCUAUACCUACUAAAUGUGUAAAAAAAAAAAAACUUGUUGAGAUAUUAAUAAAUGAAACAGCCAUUCAUUGUGAUCAGUCAGUAAAUUUUACAACUCGAUGUACAUAUUGAUUUAUCUUUAUCUAAAAAAAAUAUUUAUAGUAAAACUACUAGAACAAACCAAUAAAAUAUACCCGUUGCAACGUGUAUUAAGUUUAGGUACCUAUUUGUCGAAACUGGCUGAAUCUCAGCGUAUGGUUAACUCAAAUAACACUACUCGAAAGUGUUAUCAAAAUCAAAUCAAGAAAAACAGAAUAACUCUAUUAUAUAUUUACGAGAGAAAAAAAAGAUCGAUAUCAGUUCAAUCAGAGGCGCGAGUAUCGGGGUAAGACAGGUAGAACAUGCAUACAUUUUUUGUGUAACCCUAGGAUUUUACAGAAGAAAAUUUGUAAACAUUUUUAAAAAUAUAAUUUGCUUUCCUGGACGAAUUUCAUGGGGGACUUCUGAAAGAAUUCUUGUAGCAAUCCCUAGACGAAUUCCUAGAGAAAUCCCUGCAGGAAUUCCUGGGUGAAUCCGUGGAGGAAUUCCUGAAGGAACUCCUGAAGGAAUUCCUGGAGAAAUUCCUGCAGGGAUACUUGGAGGAAACCCCGGAGGAAUCUCUGUGGGAAUUCCGAAAGAAAUUCCUGAAUAACUGCCUGGAGGAAUGCCUAGAUGAAUUCCUGGAGCAAACCCUGGAAAAUAUCUUGGAUGAAUUUCUGGAGGAUAUAGGAAUUCUGGAAGGAAUCCAUGAAGACAUUCCUGGAGGAAUCUUUAGAAUAAUUCCUGAAGAAAUUCUUGGAUGAGUUCCGGAGUGAGGAUUAUUCUUGGUAAACUCUCUCGAUGAAUUCCUGGAAACCGCAGGAGGAAUGCCUGGAGGAACUUCUGGAUAAAUUCCUAACGAAAUUCCUAGAGGAAUUCUUGGGAAAAUUCUGUGGAAUUAUCCCUGAAAGAAUUCCUGAAUGAAUACUUGGAAGCUCUAGAGAAAUUCUGCCAGGAACCCCUAGAAAACUUUCUGAAGAAAUUCCUAGAGGAAUUUCUUGAGGGAUUUCAGGAGGAAUUCGAGAUUUCGAGAAGGAAUUUCUGGGGAAGUUCAGGAGAAAUCAGUUAAGGAAUUCCUGUAGGAAUCUCAGAAAGAAUCCUUAGAAGAAUUUGAAAGAAAUUCCUUCGUGGAAUUUGUAGUGGAAUCCCUGGAGGAGUCCUUGAAGGAAUCCCUGAUGGAGAUAUUCCAGGAUGAAUUUGUGCAAAAAACUCUGGAAGAAUUGCAGGAAACUACUGGCUGAAUUCCUGAAGAAAUUCUUGAAAUAAUUGGAGGAACUUCAGAGAGAACUCUCGGAGUAACUUCUGGAGGAAUACCUGAAAUAAUUCCUAGAUGAAUUCAGAAAGGAAUUCCUGGGGGAAUUUCUGAAGUAAUUCCUGUAGCAAUUUUCGAAGAAAUGCCUGGGGUAAUUCCUGGUAGAAUUCUUCGAAUCAAUGUUGCAAAUUAUUACCACACAAGUGCUCAUUUCAAUGUAUCAACCGUACUCAAUCGUAUGCGAAUGAACCGUGCACUGCUAAUCGAUGACCAGAUGCAAAGAGGUUGCAAACUUAUUUGCUGGCGAAUGCAAAUCGCAUCGUAUCGCGAAUAUUUUUAUUGAAUAACAAGCUUGCUUGGAGGUAUUCCUGGAGGAGUGCCUGGAGGAAUCCCUAUAGAAAUCCCUGGAUGAACUUUCGGAGAAAUGCCUGGAGCUAGUCCUUAAGGAAAUCCUGGAGGAAUCCCUAGAGGAUCUCCUAAAUGAGUUCUUGUAGGAAUGCCUGGAGGAACCCCUGUAGAAAUUCCUGGAGACAUGUCUGUAGAAAUUCCUGAAGGCUUUAGAGAAUUUCCUUGAGAAAUCUGUAGAGGAAUUCCUGGAUGAAAUUCUGCAUGGUAAAUCCCUACAAGAAAUCGUUGGAGUAUCCCUGGAGCACUUACAGGAGGAAUGCCGGAAGGAAUCCCUGGAGGUAUCUCUAAAGAAAUUUCUUGAGGUAUCUCUAGAGGAAUAACUGGAGGAAUUUGUUGAAGAAUUCCUGAACGGAUCCCUGUGAGAAUUUUUAGAGGAAUUCUCAGAUGAAGGUAUAUCUGGAUAAAUCCUUUGAGGAAUUCCUAGAAACUACAGGAAGAAUUCCUGAAGGAGGAGUUUCUGUAGAAAUUCCAGGAGGAAGUAUUAAAGAAAUCGCUGAAAUUCCUGAGGAAAUCCUGAAGCCCUGAAGGUUUUCUUAAAAGCGGACGUAAAAGAGCUCAUGGAGUAACUCCUUUAGCAGUUCCUGAAGGAAACUUUGGAGGAGUUCCUGAAGAACCCCCAGGAGGGAUCUUGGAAGCAAUUCCAGGAGGAAUUCCUAAGGGAAUCUCUAAACACUUCCUGGAUCAACUUCUCGAGGAGUUUCUGAAAUUCCAGGACGAAUUUCUGAAGGCAUCCUAAGAAGAGUUCUUAAAAUAAUCUCUGAAGCUAUUUCUGAAAGAAACACAGAAGGGAUUCCCAGAUGAAUCUCUGAAGGAUUUCUUGGAGGAAUUUCUGAAGAAACCCCAUAAGGAUUCACGGAAGCAAAUCCCUAGAAAAUUUCAGGAGAACUUUUUUAGCAAAUUCCUGGAAGAAUAUCUGUAGAUCCCCAUUUAAAGAAAAAUAAGAAAUCCAUGUCUGCAGUAAUUUCUGGACGAAUUAUUGGAACACUUGGAUGGACUCCUAAAGGGAUUUUUGUACAAAAUUUCUAAGCCUAAGAAAAACUUCGAAUAAUUCCAGAUGGAAUUAUUGUAGCAAUUUCUAGCGGAAUUUUGGAAGGAAUAUAUUUCCGAGAAAUUUCAUUCAGAGAUUUAAUGACAUAAUUGCCCAGAGAUUGCAAUGAAAUUUCUGAAAAUACAUCCAGUGAUUUGUUAGGUUGCAGGUUAGCCUAGUGAAUAAGACUUUGGAUCGCCAAUCCGGAGACGGCGAGAUCGAUUUCAGUUCCCAUCGAAAAAACUCUCUCGACUUCUUGGGCAUAGUGUAUCACAAUAUACAAAUUCAUGCAAUGGAAGGCAAAGAAAGCCAUUCGAUUAAUAAUUGUCCUUGCCCAAACAGUAUCAAAUUAGGCAAGUAAUCGUAAUAUACCCACGCUUUCUGCACCAUUUCAUUGCUGAAACAGAGAAUUUACCAUCUCACCAUACAAAAAUUCAGCUCAUUGCUACAAAUCUAGUACUUCAUUGAUCGUGUCCUAUUGGUUCAACUCACGCCAUUCGAUCGUUAAUCGCGCCUCUGAUGUUCAAUGAUCAAAUUUUCCCAUGGAAACGAUACCACGUAAAGCGGAGCGAGGGCGCGAAUGAUGUCAAGUGUAAUGUUUAUCGGUUGAAUGUUUCCUAUCAUGUACAAUAAAAAAUACGGCACGUUGCUACAACUCUUUAAUCAAGAAUUCUCAAAAUGGCGGGAACAUUUUCACGAAUGUCGGUCCCGGCUGGGUCGACCAUCAUCGACAAAAAGAACACACAAAAGCUAACAUAUAAUAAUUUGGAGGAACAAACAGAUAACGAAGAUGCCUUCUUGAUUUAAAAUCAAACUUGUUGUUGACCUGUUUUGUAAUUCUAAGUUUCGUAGUACCGAUGGAGAGUAUAGCGCAAUUACUAGAAUUGAAAUCCCCGCUGCCCUGUGUCGUCAGUCACAACACACAUUCAAUCACAAGCAAGCAGUUACCAUCGAUUACCAUUUACAACAACAGUACAUAUACAUUACCAAAAAAAAAAACAAUGGCAAAAACGUCGCAUAAUCACAUCAGCUGUAGGAUGCUGCUGGUACAUUACACAGUACCCCCCAAAACGUGUCUUAAGUGUUGUUAAGAGUCUCUCUAGAGGUUUCUUAGGCCAAUGCGGUGAAUCCAGUCUAGUGAUAUGGAAUAAGUAUUGCUUUAGCUUUAUAUAGUGUUUUAAGUUUCCUAUUUUGUCUCCUAAGUGCAAUCAGUAAGUUUUAGACCGAAGCAGCUCCUGUUUCACGAUUAUUGUUACCUAAUUUAAACACAAAGCUAACUAUUUUUUAUGUUAGACGUAGCAUAUUUUAGAAAAGAGUCGGAAAGAACGUGUGUGAUAAACAGAGUAUAGUAUCGGUGCGCGAAUCCGUUUAUUUCACAUACACAAUCAUUUCAUCAUCGAUGUUGUUGUCAAAGAGCACGUAAAUCAAAUUUUAUUCUUGCAUUCCCGUCUGAAAUGAAACGUAAAACCCGUGCUGGGAUAGUUGAUCUGUCCCAUGGUGUACUGUGUGAGCCAGAUUGAUAUAGGCCUGUGGCGUAAUGAGAAAUAAAGCGGAAAAUGGAAACUUGA